CCUCUGCUGUCUGCGUUCCAGAUGGGGACCCGGCAAGUCUUCCUCAGACCCGGCCUUGCUGAGCAGCUCUACGAGCUCUGCUUCCAGCGUCAGAGGAAGAUUGUCACCUGCCAAAAAGUCAUCCGGGGGUUUCUGUCACGCCAGCGCCUGCUUCAGAAACGGAGGUCGAGCCAGCAGGAGGCCACGUCCGUCAACAGCUUCCUGCAGGUCACCGAGGACCUGGGCCUGAGGACCUACAACAAGCUGGUCAUUCAGAACGCCGCAGACAUCGCUCGAGAGAGUGACCGUCUCCGGAACGAGACCAGCGGGGCUCCCCACAGGGCCAGGAUGGAGCCCCGGAGCCUGCCGGAGGAGGGGGCCAUGAGGUCUGAGGACAAGGACACCCCCAGAACGCCGCAGCCCAGCUCCGUGCCGGCUCCCUUGGCCGUGGACAGCCUGCUGCAGGGUCCGGCCGGCCCGUCCUCCCGCUCCCCGUCCCUGCACUCCGUGCUCAGUCUGGACGACAGUGGCGGCCUCCCCUCCCCCCGGAAGCAGCCCCCACCCAAGCCCAAGAGGGACCCCGCCACGCGGCUGAGCGCCUCCUACGAGGCCGUGAGCACCUGCCUGUGGUCAGCGGCCAGGGACCCGGCCACUGAAGGCCUCUCUCGCCCCCGGCCUCACAGUGAUGACUACAGCACCAUGAAGAAGAUCCCCCCUCGGAAGCCCAAAAGAAGCCCGCACACCAGGCUGAGCGGGUCCUCUGAAGAGAUCUCGGACCCCGGGGCGCAAGGCCCCCGGAGCAGAAUUCACCUGCUGCCCCGCCCCCCAGGGGUCCCUGCCCCCGGGGCCCCCACGUCCCCCGCCCCCGAAGACGGGGAGCCCAUCUAUAUCGAGAUGCUGGGCCGUCCCAGGAGCCCCGACCCCACCGAGCCCGAGGCCGAGGCCGAGGCCGUGUACGAGGAGAUGAAAUACUCCCAGCCCCCCGAGAGUGUUGUUUGGGGGGUCCAGAUGCCCACGGCGCGAGGGGACAGCAGGAACGGCCUCCCCCCGGAGGAUGGGGACAGGGACUCUUGGGACAUCCCACCCCCCUUCCCCAACCUGCUCCAACACCGCCCCCCGCUGCUGGUGUUCCCCCCGACCCCCAUCACCUGCUCCCCCGCCUCCGAUGAGUCUCCCCUGACGCCCCUGGAGGUGAAGAAGCUGCCGGUGUUGGAGACCAGCCUCAAGUACCCUGCGCCCAGCGAGGGCACCAGCCCACUGUCCCCCCAAUACUGCAGGGGCCAGAAGGGGGACGGGGAGCGACCUGUGUCGCCAGGUGCCCUGGCCUGGAUGGGCCCUCCUCAAGUGUCCCCGCCACCCACACCACCACCCGCUGCACCCUGGAGGCAUUUUACUCUCCCUCCUGAGCCAGAGACACAUGGCCCCGAGGUCCCCAAGGGCCACCACAAGCCAGAGACACAAGGCCCCGAGGUCCCCAAGGGCCACCACAAGCCAGGGGCCCAGAGCCCCGAGGUCCCCAAGGGCCACCACAAGCCAGGGGCCCAGAGCCCCGAGGUCCCCAAGGGCCACCAAAAGCCAGGGGCCCAGAGCCCCGAGGUCCCCAAGGGCCACCAAAAGCCAGGGCCUCACAGCCCUGAGGUCCCCAAGGGCUACCAGAAACCAGGGCCUCACAGCCCCGAGGUCCCCAAGGGCCACCACAAGCCAGGGACCCAGAGCCCCGAGGUCCCCAAGGGCCACCACAAGCCAGGGCCUCACAGCCCCGAGGUCCCCAUGGGCCACCACAAGCCAGGGGCCCAGAGCCCUGAGCUCUCCAAGGGCCACCAGAAACCAGGGUCUCACAGUCCCGAGGUCCCCAAGGGCCACCACAAGCCAGGGCCUCACAGCCCCGAGGUCCCCAAGGGCCACCACAAGCCAGGGCCUUACAGCCCCGAGGUCCCCAAGGGCCACCAGAAACCAGGGUCCCACAGCCCCGAGGUCCCCAAGGGCUACCAGAAACCAGGGUCUCACAGCCCCGAGGUCCCCAAGGGCCACCAGAAACCAGGGUCCCACAGCCCCAAGGUCCCCAAGGGCCACCAGAAACCAGGGUCUCACAGCCCCGAGGUCCCCAAGGGCCACCCCCAGGUGGGGAACUCAGCCCUAGGACCUGGGCCAUGCAACACCUUCUCCAAGAUCCAGUACUCUCCUGCCAAGGCCGUCAGGGUGGACCACAAGAAGACCAACUCCAACGCCGCCUCCCCAGCUCCAUACAGCCCCCCCAAUUCCAGAGCCCUGAACAGCCCCCUGGACGAGCUGGCCAGCCUCUUCAGCUCUGGCCGGAGCGUGCUCCGCAGGUCAGCGGCCGGCAGGAGGAUCAGAGAGCCCGAAGGCUUUGAAAGGAACAUGAACCUCAGGACGCAGGACGGCCCUCCCAGGACCCCAGAGGUCACCUCAGAGACUCCGGACAGAAACGCCAACAGCCGUGACUCUGUCUUCUCCGAAGUGCUGUUCAGCUCGGUCACGGCGGAAAAUGGAAACUCCCUCCCAGGCGGUCUUCCUGAGGAAGAUGGAUUCUCCAGGGUGUCUGUGGGGGGCACAGCCCCGUCGCCUUUCCAGAGACACCGAGAGAGCCACACCUCUCAGGUCAUCCACCAGCUCAGGCUCUCAGGGAAUGAGAGCACGGCCCUUCAGCAGCUGCUGGACUGGAGGCGCCAGCUGUGCGAGCGGACGGAGGACUGGCCGGGCCUGCAGGCCCCCGAGCCCCGGGCGCCACCCCCGCCCCCCUGCAAGAAGCCCGGUCUGCUCAAGAAGCCCUCGGAGCUCUGGGACUCCCCCCUGUAGGGCCCCCGCUGCAGACUCAGGGACCCCAUGGGGUCGCGGGGACAGUCCCAGUGCUCUGUCCAUAUGUCUGUCUCCACAGCUGAGCACGAGACGGGGACACACUGACUCCGUGUGCCUGCGUGUGCGUGUGCGUUCUUUCUUACACGUUUCCUAGGCUUGCUCUCCGCUCCUCAGACCCCCGUUUACAAGGUCCUGGGACCCUUGGGCAGGCCACGGUGGGGGACAGUGCUGAGGGCAUCGGCGUACAGAGGGGCAGAAGCAGAUGCUGGGGCCCAGACCUCUGUCCACCGCACCCACAGCAGUCGGGCUGGACCUACUCUCGGCACAAACUCGCGUGGGCAUUGGCGUUCCCUGGGAUCCCAAAAUCGUUCCUAUGGACAAGUCUUUUUAUACUUUUUUUUUUCCCUCAAUCAGUGGUGCUCCCUUUUGUUUUUUUCAAAGCACAGGUUUUUAAAAUUCAUGUCCGGAAUCACGUGGUGUCCCUCCUUCCAGCUCUGUGCUCUGCUGUUCGCUUGCAGUCCUUCCCCUGGCGUGCAUCCCAGAGGAACCUCACCAUGGUGGUCGCUGCUGCUUCUGCUGUGUCCUUGGGGGUCCCCAGCCCUCCCAGGGGAGCUGUCCACUUCUUGCCCGUGUCCUGCACCUCCCGGGGGCCUGGACGUGAGCCCCCCGGCUCCAGAGCCGGCUGGCGGGAGGGGACAGGACGGGACAGGCACUCCACCCAGCACCUGAGGCUGCAGGCUGAGCCAGGUGGAGGGAGAAGGGUCCCAACUCCACGGUCACCACAGCCGGAACCACAGCCUGUCACCUGUCCCCUGCCCCUCCCAGCGCCUGCAUGGCCCCCGGCGGCCUGCUUCUGCCGUCCGCCGGCUCCCAGCCAUGGCCCCGCUGUCCUGUCUUGCUCCCUGGAAGCUUCUAGUCCCGCAGCCUUUGCAGAGUCCAUGUGCCAAUAAAAGG